UUGAUCUUUUACAGAGUGUUCACCGUUGGAGACCUCGCCGCCAGUAAUACAAUUCUCUUCACUGCGAAUCUUGGCCUGGGCUUUUAUGUCUACUUCCGUCAUCAUCUUCACAAACUAAAUCCAUGGGACCGAGUAGAGCUUAGUGUCUUCUCCACCACCCUGUUCAAUUUCGGAAGUCUUCUUGCUGCAGUACUUAUCAAAGCCUUACUGCCACAUAAAACUCCAUCCUGGGCAAGAUGUUUGAUGGGCUCAGCUUUGAGCGUCUACUUGCUGUCAAGAGCGCACAAAUAUCUGCAUUAUGUGGAUGAACGAGCGGUUCGAAAAAGUCCUACUCCCAGAAGGUAGGU